UUUAUUCAGGACAAUCACAUAAAAACCUCAAAGUACAACAUCCUCACCUUCCUGCCCCUAAACUUGUUUGAGCAGCUGCAGAGAGUGGCCAAUGCUUACUUCAUAGUGCUGUUGAUACUGCAGCUUAUUCCAGCGAUAUCCUCCCUGUCCUGGUUCACGACCAUCGUGCCUUUGUUGUUGGUGCUGCUAAUCACAGCUGUGAAGGACGCCACAGACGACUACUUCCGACAUAAGAACGAUAAGCAAGUCAACAACCGUCAGUCUCAGGUUCUCAUAAGGGGAAGUUUGCAGAAUGAGAAAUGGAUGAACGUUCGAGUGGGGGACAUCAUCAAACUAGAGAAUAAUCAGUUUGUUGCCGCAGACAUCCUCCUCCUCUGUAGCAGUGAGCCCAAUGGACUGUGUUACAUUGAGACGGCAGAGCUAGAUGGAGAGACUAAUCUGAAAGUUCGUCAGGCCUUGACCGUCACCUCAGACUUGGGAGAUGUUUCAAAGCUGGUGGACUUUGAUGGAGAAGUUGUUUGUGAGCCACCGAACAACAAGCUGGAUAAAUUCAUCGGAACAUUAUGCUGGAGAGACAGUAAAUACCCUCUGGAUAAUGACAGGAUGCUGCUGCGAGGCUGUGUACUCAGAAACACUGAGUGCUGCUUUGGAAUGGUGAUAUUUGCUGGGCUGCAAACCAAACUGAUGCAGAACUGUGGAAUAACUAAAUUUAAGAGAACAAGUAUUGACAAACUCAUGAAUACUCUGGUUCUUUGGAUCUUUGCCUUCCUCAUUUGCAUGGGAGUUAUUUUGGCCAUUGGAAACACGAUUUGGGAGAGUCGUAUCGGCAGAAGGUUCCAGGUGUUCUUGCCUUGGACGGAGUUUCAGAGCAGCGCUGUUUUUUCUGGCUUCCUCACCUUCUGGUCCUACAUCAUCAACCUCAACACUGUUGUGCCCAUCUCACUGUAUGUCAGUGUGGAGGUCCUGCGGCUCGGUCACAGUUACUUCAUUAACUGGGACAAGAGAAUGUACCACGGUCCGACGAACACUGCAGCUGUAGCUCGCACCACCACCCUGAACGAGGAGCUGGGCCAGGUGCAGUUCAUCUUCUCCGACAAGACCGGCACCCUCACCCAAAACAUCAUGGUGUUCAGCAAGUGCUCCAUUAAUGGACAGACGUAUGGUGAUAUUUAUGAUGAAUUUGACCAAAAGAUGGAAAAUACAGAGGGAACAGCUUGUGUGGACUUUUCCUUCAACCCUCUAUGUGACCGAAGGUUUAAGUUUUACGACAGCAGCCUGGUGGACGCUGUAAAACUGGAGGAUCCUGCCAUGCAGGAGUUCUUUAGGCUGCUGGCUUUGUGCCACACGGUGAUGCCAGAGGAGAAGACCGAAGGACAUCUAGUGUACCAGGCUCAGUCACCGGAUGAGGCAGCUCUGGUCACCGCGGCACGGAACUUUGGGUUUGUCUUCCGGGCUCGAACCCCAGAGACCAUCACUCUGUGUGAGAUGGGGCAGGCCGUCGCCUACCAGCUGCUGGCCAUACUGGACUUCAACAACGUGCGCAAGAGAAUGAGUGUCAUUGUGAGAAAUCCACAAGGCCAAAUUAAACUUUACUCCAAAGGAGCCGACACUGUUAUCUUCGACCGCCUGGAUCCAUCCAGUGAAGACCUCAUGUACACAACCUCAGAGCAUCUCAGUGAAUUUGGCGGAGAAGGCCUCCGGACAUUAGCUCUGGCCUACAAAGACCUAGAUGAAAAGGAAUUUGAAGUUUGGAUGGAGAAGCUUCAGUUCGCCGGCACUGUGAUUGAGAACCGGGAGGAUCGGCUGGCGGUUCUCUACGAGGAGAUCGAGCAGGGCUUGAAGCUUCUAGGAGCCACAGCAAUAGAGGACAAGCUACAGGAAGGAGUCCCAGAAACGAUCACGUGUCUAAAUCUGGCCGACAUUAAGAUCUGGGUCCUCACAGGAGACAAACUAGAGACUGCUAUGAACAUCGGCUACUCCUGCAACAUGCUGCGAGACGACAUGAACGAGGUGUUUGUGAUGUCUGGCCACACUCUGCUGGAGGUGCAGCAGCAGCUCAGAAGUGCGAAGGAGCACAUCCUCGGCCUGAGUCGAGUUGGCAGUGCAGGAGACGUUGAGAAGUCGGACAUGUUUGCAGACUCUGUGUUCGAAGAAACCAUUAUAGCAGAGUACGCCUUAGUCAUCAAUGGACACAGUUUGGCUCAUGCUCUGGAGCCACAGCUGGAGCACGUCCUGUUGGACUUGGCCUGUUUGUGUAAAACCGUCAUCUGCUGCCGCGUGACUCCGAUGCAGAAAGCUCAGGUGGUGGAGCUGGUGAAGAGGCACAAGAGGGCCGUCACCCUGGCCAUAGGAGACGGAGCCAAUGACGUCAGCAUGAUCAAGACUGCUCACAUCGGUGUCGGCAUCAGUGGUCAGGAGGGGAUGCAGGCCGCUCUGGCAUCAGAUUACUCCUUCGCUCAGUUUCGGUACCUCCGGCGGCUCCUGCUGGUGCACGGACGCUGGUCCUACUUCCGCAUGUGUCACUUCCUGUGUUACUUCUUCUACAAGAACUUCGCCUUCACGCUGGUCCACUUCUGGUACGGUUUCUUCUGUGGUUUCUCAGCUCAGACUGUGUAUGACCAGUGGUUCAUAACCCUCUUCAAUAUAGUCUACACAUCUUUGCCAGUAUUGGCAAUGGGACUUUUUGAUCAGGACGUCAACGACCACAUCAGCCUGCGCCACCCGAGCCUGUACAGACCCGGCCAACAGAACCUCCUCUUCAACAAGCGUCAGUUCUUCCUGUGCACGCUGCAAGGGGUGUGCACGUCCUUCCUGCUUUUCUUUAUCCCCUACGGAGCCUUCUCUGUCAUGGUGAGAGAGGACGGCUCCCACUUUUCAGACCAACAAGCUUUUUCUGUCACUAUAGCAACAUCCUUGGUUAUAGUCGUGAGUGUUCAGAUUGGACUUGACACACACUACUGGACAGCUGUCAAUCACUUCUUCAUAUGGGGGAGUCUGACCCUGUACUUUGUCAUUUUAUUCGCGGUGCAAAGCAACGGCAUGUUCGGCAUCUUUCCCAGUCAUUUCCCAUUCGUAGGUACGGCCCGUAACUGUCUGUCAGAGAAGAGCGUAUGGUUGGUCAUUCUGCUAACCACUGUUGUGUGUGUGGUGCCGGGAUUAGUCGUCAGCUUCCUGAGAAUAGACCUCUUCCCAACUCCAACAGAUAAGGUUCGUCACCAACUACAGUCCAGAAAGAGGCAACGGCCUCAGGAGCAGAACCUGAGGCAAAGUCGCAGGACGAGCUCCCGUCGCUCUGCUUAUGCCUUCUCCCACCAGCAGGGUUACGGAGAGCUGAUCACCUCAGGCAAGAACAUGAGGACGAGCAGGGUGUCUACCGCUCGCUCCGCUCAAAGAACACAGCACAGCUCCAACUGGAUAGAAAAUGUGUUAAAGAGAAAGAACGAAGUCUCCUGCAUCUCUGAUGAGAGCACAGAAGCACCGGAGAAGAGCGACAGAACGUGACAGACUCUGUAGCAGCAUCAGCACAACACACUGAGCUCCACCGCCAAUGAACACUAUUUAAACUAUAGGAUACCAAAAACAAAUGGAUCCCACAGACCAAGCACAAGGUGUGAGUGAGUUUAUACUCAAAUCCAACAACUCACAGGUACCUCAUUUUGUAUCAAUGUGAGUCACGUGGACUCUUGAAAGUGAAAGGCCAAUUUAAACAAAUACGUUUCUAAACUGUAUCGAGCAAAACACAAUUAAUUUAUAUAAUCUGGUCUGACAACAGCAGCUUCAGAAUGAUUGAAGGCAAUGUGUUGUCAAUGUCAUCCUGCAUUAACUGAUCAUAUUUGAUUUUUAAGCAGUUGCGAGUUUUUUCUAUAUUAUAUCGAUGGCAUGUCUGUAAAGUCUGUAAAGCCAUAUGCGUUGAAACUUUCACCUCAACCUACAAAGACAGAGGUUUGUGUAAUUACUUGAAUAAAGCUGCUGAAUAUAGUGAUAAUCACAAAUUAGCUACGGAUUUAAAUCUCUGGUUACGUUUUACUGACUUCAUAUUUCGCCCUUUCAAACGCCAUUGAACAAACUAUGACCUCAAAUAUGGGAUUUAUAAAACUCACAGCAUUGUGGACAAGGACGUGGUAUAGAAUGAUUCUGAGAGCUGUAUUCUAUGUGCCAUGCCUUGUAUAUCUGACAU